AUGAAGCUUGUGGAUCUUGCUCUUAAGUUCUUGUUCACCUGUAGAAGAAAAGUAGCAGGUGAAGCAGAGUAUAGAUUUCAGGAAACUAGUGUACGGUUUUUGAAUAGAGGAACUUCAAAACAGGUGAAUUAUGACUUAUGGAACCUCCAGACGUUAAGUCUCUUUGGGGAUAUAAGCAUUCUGCAGCAACAUGGAAGUAUAUCAAAUACAUACCUUGGCAAGGUUGACCCUGAUGGCAAGAAGAUUAAGCAGAUACAACAGCUGUUUGAAGAGAUAUUAGGCAAUAGCAGGCAAUUGAAAUGGCUGUCUUGUGGGUUUAUGCUGCAAAUAGUAACUCCCACAUCAUUGUCCUCCUUAUCAAACCCCAUAGCCAACACCAUGGAACAUCUGAGCUUAUUGGACAACCACAUCCCUGGUAAUGCCACUCUUAUCACUGCGGUUGAAUUGGAGCGCUUUGUGAAUCUGCGUUCGCUAGCUUUGGAUUUCUGUGAUUUCACAGCUGAAAUGGCAAGAGUCCUGGCUGACAGCAACCAUGUGCCUUUGCAUCGACUGUCUCUCCUGGUCCACCGUGUUUCCAUAAUGCACAAGUCAUUGGACAGUAUGCCAGAAGAUGAGAAUUGGAAGGCGCUGACUCGCAACAGCGCUAAUCUUCGGGUCUAUAUAAUGGCCUUUGAUGUCAAGAGUGAUGAUAUGUUAAGGAUUCUUAAGCCCAGUAUCCCCCUAGAGAGGAUUCACUUCGACAGCUACAUCACUUAUGUUUCAGGAGCUGUUGUUGACCUCAUAUCCAGGCAGUAUGACAAGUUCCUCACUCAUUUUAUACUAAUGAAUGAUGUGAUAGAUAUGUCUGGCUUCCCAGAUCUGAGCGACAACCGGAAUGAAGAUCCACUUGUCUUGUUAGCCUGGAGGUGCACCAGACUCUCUCUCCUGGCUGUUCAUGGUUACACAGUUUGGGCUCAUAACCUUAUAGCAAUCGCUCGUCUGCGUGGCUCUGACCUGAAAGUUCUGGAAGUCACAGAAGAAAGCAUUGAUUUCGACCAAGGGGAACUGGCUGAUCAGGAUGUGGAUCCAGUACACAAUCUCAUUGAGCAAGUCUCUCUCGGGUUGGGUCGGCCUUGGCACGCAGUCAUGGACAUAGAGCUGCUCAGCGUCUUCACCGAGCCAACCCGUCACUUCUACAGAGAGAUGCAAAGCUUCAGUGAAGGCAUUUAGCUCCUUAUUUACAAUUCCUGUGGUUACAUAUGCAAGUAGGGUCCUAUUAUGUUUUUUCAGUAGUGUGAGUUAACCCCUUUUGUGCUGUGUUUAAUCAGUAUUAGCUAUAUAGAAUUAUAUAUGUGUAUUCUACUUCUUGAUCAAAGAACGUAGUCGGGUAUUGGUUUAGAAGCUGAAAGUGGCAGUGUUCAGGGUUUUCACGGUUAAUGGACUUGUCUACCGAACCUUAGCGAGAUACAGAAAAAAGGCUGGCUGAGGCUGCCGGCUAACUUUACUUUUAUUGAGUGACUGCAUUCUGAAUGAUUUUACUAUGAUAUCGGAGUUCUGUGCUCAGGAGCCAACUCUUUUUAAUACCCAUAUCCAUAGCCCAGUGGAUUUCUGUGCUGUAAUCGUGUGCUUCAUCUGGCAGCAUGCGACUUAAUAGGCCUAAAGGAAGAGAAGUCUGCCCAGGGCUGCUCGUUGCAAUCUUCUCGCCUUGCUUUAUUUCACGUGCAGAUUGUGCAGCAUGAGCCAGCUGCCAUUCUCUGCUUGUCUCAGCCGUUCAGCAGCGGUGUGACACACUAGCUUUUCAGGUACCUGCACUUCCAAACUCGCUCCCUAAGCUGUAGGCUUUCGGGUUCUCUGCUUUUUGAUUCCUCCUUGUUUAUUCUCAUGUUCUGUCAUCUUCCUUAAAAGUUAGCUUUGGGCCAAAGUUUAAAAGAAAAAACCAAGAAUGCGCACUCCGAUGAGGUAAAAACGUAACAGCGAAGACUUCAGUGCAGAGGUACAGACCUGCAAACAAACGUUAGUCGUGAAAUCCCUAGCAACCAAGUCACUGGAUUUUCUCUGUCAGCGCCUGUGUCA